AUGUCUGUACGGAGAAUUGCUUUAGUCGCCCUGAUAUAUAUGAGUUUUUCUAUUUCUAUCAUUUUUUCAAACAAAUUAGUCCUGACUACUUUCAAAUUUCCUUCAUAUUUAUUGCUGGCAUUAAUUCAGACUCUGUUUACUUUCAUAAUAAUACAAACUCUAUGUUCAUAUCGCAUCCGAUCAGAUGAUUUCACAGAAGUUCCUAUUAAGAUUUUACCGCUGUCCAUUUUUUCUGCAGUUGAUAUUGUUAUGGGCAUUGCCGGUACAGGAAGCCUCAGUUUACCUUUGUUUACAGCUUUGCGAAGGAUCUCUAAUGUUCUUAUUAUGGUUGGUGAAUAUCUUUUAUUAGGAACUAAAAGAAGUAUUCCUAUUUACUUGUCAGUCAUUGUUAUGGUUAUCGGAGCAGUAAUCGCUGCCAUUGGUGAUAUUACUUUUGACCCUAUUGGAUAUACAUAUAUUUUAAUUAACAAUAUUUCAACAACUGGGAAAGCACUGUUAACAAAAUCCAGACUUAGAGAUUAUGAUUUUUCAAGCGUUGAGCUGUUAUACUUUAAUUCAUUAUUAAUGCUGCCGAUUCUCUUCAUUUUGGUAUAUGUACAAUGUGACUUUACAGAGAUAAUUCAAUUUGAACAUUGGCUAGAUCCUCUAUUUUUAUUGUAUUUUAUGUUCUCCUGUUGUUCUGCUGUGGCAUUAAACUAUACUCUUGUUCAAUGUACUCAAUAUACUUCUGCAUUAACAACUAGCAUUUUAGGUGUCAUUAAAAAUAUAUUGGUGACCUAUGGUGGGAUGUUUGUUGGUGGUGACUAUGUGUAUACGACCCUAAACUUCGCUGGCCUUACUGUAAGUACUAUUGGAGCAGUCUUAUAUGUUGUUUACAACUACAAAUCCACACAAUCAAAAAGUUUACCAACCAAAUCGAAAACUUUAAUCGGUUAGUGGAAAGUCGCUAUGUAUAUAUUAUGCCAUUA